AUGGGCAUCGGCCCUUCUGGCAUUGCCCGGAGGGCAGAUAAUGUGCCAUUUGCUCAUCUGUCGUUAUCAACAGCACUGACUUGUCCACCUGCAAACGAAAAGAAACUCAAAUGUGUUCGCUCCAGGUCCAAGGUGAGUGUACUUAGGACAGGCGCUGAGAGUGAACCGCCAGCCUUCACAAUCUGCAGGAGCCCGCACGGUGUUCUCAGUGUCCGUGUGGGGGCAUGGGAGACACGGAGCACCAGUGUACCACAGGUCCUGUACAUAUAA